AUGAUCAUUACGCAGAAUCUUGUUUCUUAUUCGGGUUCAAGUCUCAAUCACGAUGGGAAGGGCAACUCUAGAAUUUUGCUCAGCUCUACCAACUUUCAGCAUAGAACUCCUAGUGAGCCACUAAAUGGCACUGCCUAUAAUCAUGAGUCCGACUUUGUCGUCAGAAAAACACGUUCAAAUUCAAGUUCCCAUUCGAAUGUCAGCUUCCAUGGCUACAAUCUGCGAAGUUUACUUCCAUAUGUCAACUUUAAACUUUGCGGAAUGUGCUUCCUUUGGUAUUCUAGUUCUGUUGUCAGCAAUAACAGCACAAAGCAGAUAUUGAGACAGUUUUCUUAUCCUGUGACUCUCACCGAAUUUCAGUUUUUACUGAAUGCAUUUUUUUGCUUGGUAACGAUUAUCGCUGUCAACCAACAUGACUCCAGAGUAUACAAAACCUCCUCCAAGAUGUCGAAACGAUUUCCCCCGGGGACAUUCCCAAAAGACAUCGAUUCUGCAUUCUUCACCCUGAAAGACUCAUUUCUUACAAUCAAGCGGAAUAUUUUAUCAACAACUAUACCCAUGGGCAUGUUCCAAUUCUUAGGCCAUAUCACCGGUCAUAAAGCAACGUCCAUCAUUCCAGUAUCUUUGGUUCAUACAAUCAAGGCACUUUCUCCAAUUGUCACGGUCUUCGCCUACCGCUUGAUAUUUCACAAACACUAUCCUAUCAAAACAUAUUUAACAUUAAUCCCAUUAGUGUCCGGGGUCAUGCUCAGUUGUUUAAAAAACAACCUUUCAAUAAACAACGAUCUGUUCUUCCAAGGAUGUCUAUUUGCAUUUCUCUCCAUGUUGAUCUUCGUCUCCCAGAACAUAUUUGCUAAAAAAGCCCUUACUUUCAAAGAAAACCAGUUAAACGGAGAUGUCGACUCCAAAUUGAAAGGUGACGAUGACACUAUCCUACCGCAAUACAAGAAUUCGGAAAAUAACAAAGCAGAGAAGUUUGACAAGUUAACCAUCUUGUUUUAUUGUUCCAUCAUAGGCUUUUCAUUAACGUUGCCGUUAUACGUGAUUCUGGAAUCUAACGUUUUCGUCCAACAAAAAACCCUUUCCUUACUCCAAUUAACACCUGGCCUACUGUUUUUGUUAAUCCUGAACGGUUUUGCUCAUUUUUGUCAGUCACUGGUGGCAUUUCAAAUACUAGGCAUGAUUAGUCCUAUUAAUUAUUCUAUCGCAAACAUCAUGAAAAGAAUCACCAUCAUUGGAUUUUCUAUUUUCUGGGAGGCUACAAAACUGAACAACGUGCAGUGGUGCGGAUUAGUUCUCACAAUUAUCGGAUUAUAUAGUUACGAUAAAUGGGGUGCAGUCAAAAACUAG